AUGGAGCUGUGCAGCAUGAACGAUGGUGGAUCCUCAUGUCAGGUGGAGCAGCUGGCCAACGGGCGCAACCAGAGUUCCUGUCGGAUCCAGGCCAAAGACCUCUGCCCUUGGUCGGGCAACGGCACUGCAGCCACCAAUACCAUCAGGCGCAGAGCCAACGGAACCACUCCCAACCGCUGUAAGAGCAUGGAGUUGACGGCCAGGCGGCAGGUGAAGGUGGUGCCCAUGGCCAAAGUGCUGGUGACUGGGGGGGCCGGAUACUUCGGAUUCAGGUUGGGUUGUGCUCUGGCCAGCCAAGGGCUCUCUGUUAUUCUGCUGGACCUGGUCAAACCGCAUUGGGACACUCCCGACGGCACAGUGUUUCAUCAGGGUGACAUUCGGGAUUAUGAGUCCCUCUACAGGAUGUGUGAGGGGGUGGAUUGUGUGUUCCACACUGCCUCCUAUGGGAUUUCUGGCCCAGACCAGCUGAAGAAAGAGAAGGUGGAAUCUAUCAAUGUUGGCGGGACAGGUAACGUCAUUAAGGCAUGUUUAGAGCGGGAGGUCCCUAACCUGGUGUACACUAGCACCGUUAAUGUGGUGUUCGCUGGCCGACCCAUUGAGGACGGGGAUGAAGAUACGGUGCCCUGUGUGCCUCUGGACAUGCACAUCGACCACUACUCUCGGACCAAGGCCAUCGCCGAGCGUAAGGUGCUCAAAGCCAAUGGCCACACUCUGAGAGGGGGUGGUUUCCUUCACACCUGUGUCCUGCGUCCCUCCGGCAUCUAUGGGCCAGAGGAGAGACGACACCUCCACAGAGUAAUGGUGAACGUAGGGAGGAGAUUGUUUAGUUUUAGCUUUGGUGACCACGAUGCCAAGCUGAACUGGGUCCAUGUGGAUAACCUGGUGAUGGCACAUAUCCUGGCCGCUGAUGCUCUGAGCAUGAGGAAGGACUGUGUGGCGAGCGGACAGGUCUACUUCAUCAAUGACGGAGAGGCGGUAAACCUGUUUGAAUGGCUGACCCCACUGUUUGAGAAGCUGGGCUACAGACGACCGUUGAUACACCUCCCUUUCUUCCUGGUCUACUUUGCAGCUGUUCUGAUGGAGUGCUUGCAUGUAGCCCUGGCACCUGUUGUGGAGAUUCCCCUGCUGUUCACCAGGAAUGAGGUGCGAAACAUUGCAGUGAGCCACACGUUUAAGAUCGAGAAAGCACGCCGGGACUUGGGAUUCUCGCCACACAAGUAUGACCUGGUCGACUCGGUGGACCAGUACCUGAAGACCCGCCCACUGCAGCCCUACACGCUGUGGUCCCGCCCCCAGUCUCUGGCCCCGCCCUGGGCCCUAGUCUUGCUGAUGAUGCUGGUCAGCAUGGCUGCACUGCUCUGCUGCUCCUGUUUACUGAGUGCAGACACACUACCCUAACAGUAAACGCACUACACUAACACAAAACAGACACUGUGCUAACAGCCAACAGACACAACACUAACACACACACACACAUACACACGCACAUGCUAGGGUAGGUCACACACAUUACUCAUACACUCAAACUACAAUAGUACACUAGUACAAUUCACUAGUACAGUAAAUAUACAUAGCCUACAUAUACACACUCAGACUACACUAAAAGCAAAACAACUAUUUUCGUAUUUGUCAUAAUAUUGUGACAACCAAAGAGAAAUGUGUCACA